UCACAAGCGAACUUAUUCUUCACCAUCAUUCAUAAACACCAACAAUUCAUAAGACCCAAGCAAACGUAUUCGUGGAUCAGUCAUUGCGUUUUGUUUGUAUAUACUUGAUAUCAGAAACAAAAACGAGUUUGUAAAUUUCUUGACUCUUGAACUUUCCAAGCUCUAGUUGCUUUCGAUUUUGGAUUCAUUUGAUCCUGCUAAAACUUGCUUCCAAAGGUUAAAAACGAGAUAUUUGGAUCUAAACUACUUUCCAUAUAACUCUCCUUUUUAACACUAGUUUUUAUUGAUUUCUACCUUUCCUUUUUUGGUCUCAACAGUAGGUGGUAUUCUUUUUGAUUCAAAAGAAAAGAGAAUUUCGCAUUACGUAACGAAACACGUCGACCCAUUUGUAAUUUCAUUGACUUGUUGAUAACUUUUUACGACAAGUUUGUUGAAUUUCUUUCGUUCUUUAUCCCUUUUUUUAUUUUUAUUUUAUUUUUUCGUCUUCUCUUCUCUUGAGAAACUCAUUUUCAAUCACUCACUCCCCACUCACUUUUUCUUUAGCUUUUUUUUUUCUUCUUCUUUCUAGUCCAUGCCGUCUCUAUUAGCUUCUCGUAUCCGCAACCCAGCAUUCGCCAAAAAGGUGGUCUCCGACCCAGCUUCUCUCAUUCCCCACUUCAAAAAUGGUGACUAUAUCGGUUGGUCUGGUUUUACCGGUGUCGGUUAUCCCAAGAUGAUCCCUCAAGCUUUGGCCAAGCAUGUCGCGGCCAAGGACUUGCAAGGAAAAAUGCGUUUCAAGCUCUUCGUAGGCGCUUCCGGCGGUGCCGAUACUGAAGGCAAAUGGGCUGAACUUGAUAUGAUUGAACGCCGUUGUCCUCAUCAAGUCGGCAAGCCCAUUUCCAAGGGUAUCAACGAAGGUCGUAUUAACUUUUUCGACAAACAUCUUUCCAUGUUUCCCCAAGACUUGCUGUAUGGCUAUUACACUCGCAACCGUGAUAGGAACUCUCUGGAUGUAGCCAUUGUCGAAGCUACUGCAAUUACCGAAGAUGGUGGUAUCGUUCCCGGUGCAUCUGUCGGUGCUACCCCAGAAUUGGUUCAAAUGGCUGAAAAGGUUAUUAUCGAAGUUAACACCGCCGUUCCCUCUUUUGAGGGCCUUCACGACAUCGUUGACAUUCCAAACCCUCCUCACCGUACUCCGUUGGCGAUCAACCGAGUGGAUGAUCGCAUUGGUAAACCCUACAUUAAAGUCGACCCUUCCAAGGUAAUUGGUGUUGUUGAAGCAACCUAUGGUGAUAUUACCGGCCCUAAUUCUCCUGAAGAUGCCACCUCGCGUGCCAUCGGUGGUCAUUUGGUGGAUUUCUUUAAACACGAAGUGGACUUUGGUCGUAUGCCUCAACAUUUACAUCCCAUCCAAUCUGGUAUUGGUAAUAUUGCAAAUGCUAUUAUUGGUGGUUUAGCAGAUUCCCCUUUUAAAGAUUUGGAAGUUUGGACGGAAGUCUUACAAGACACUUUCUUGCCCUUAUUUGACACUGAUAAACUUCGCUUUGCCGCUGCCACCUCCACUCGCUUUUCACCUCAAGGAUUUGAAAAGUUUUAUGCAAACUGGGAUUACUACAAGGAUAGAAUCUUGCUCCGCCCCCAAGUCAUUUCCAACCACCCAGAAAUUAUCCGUCGUCUUGGCUGCAUUGCAAUGAAUACCCCUGUUGAAAUUGACAUGUAUGCUCAUGCUAACAGCACAAAUGUUUUGGGCAGCAGAAUGUUGAACGGUUUAGGUGGAUCGGCUGAUUUCCUUCGUAAUGCCAAGUACAGUAUCAUGCACACUCCCUCUACUCGUCCUUCCAAGAAGGAUCCUACUGGUGUUUCUUGUAUUGUCCCUAUGGCUACUCACGUGGAUCAAACUGAGCACGAUCUAGAUAUCAUUGUGACCGAGCAGGGCUUGGCAGAUGUACGUGGUUUGUCUCCUCGUGAACGUGCUCGUGUAAUUAUCAACAAGUGUGCUCAUCCUGAUUACAAGCCUAUUUUGAACGACUACUUUGACUUUGCUGAGAAGGUUUGCUUGGCUAAAGGUGUCGGCCACGAACCUCAUAUCCUUUCAAGCGUGUUUAAGAUGCAUCAAAACUUGGUGGAGAAGGGAACAAUGAAAAUUGACUCUUGGUAAUUGGAAACUUGUAAAUUAAGAUUUUAUACUUAAAACAAGUACUACAUUUGUCAACGGACGGUUUUUUAUUUCAAAUUUGUCUAUUUCAUUCUUAUGUUACAUGGUUUAUGAUCAUUUUGAUCUUCUUUUAAUACACAAAAGGUAAAUUGAAACGCAACGAAUAUUUAAUGACCCCCCUGUCCUUUAUUACAGAUGAGAAAAUAACAUUGUUUGAACCAAGAAAGGUUGUUUUUUGUAAAGAACUUGUAAUCCUGUAUCGUCGUCCUGUAUCCAUUAUUGUUUAUAAGAACUAA